AUGAAACAGGUAGUUCGCAAAGAGAACCAGGUUGUGUCACUUCUAGGAGAAUUUGUCGUCGAGCUACACGUCCACCGCCGGUACCCUUCUUCUCGGAGGCCCCUCAUCAAGCGCUCGUUUGACAUGCGUAUCCACAUAAGUGUAAACCACGUUGACAUCACUCUUCCAGCUUUUGUCGAAGGAAUAAAGGAACUAGAGCUUUCCUGCUAUUCGUCGUUUGCUCACACCCGCAAGAGAGUCAUUGAAGGCUUUAAGUAA